UCCAGGUCAUUCUGACUGGAGCUAUGGGUAUCAUGGCCGGGCGCAACUUUGGCCUCCAGGAUGGCAGACCUAACGGAUACAUCCCAGCCUUCAUGGCGCUGAGCAUUGUGGGCAUCUUCGUGACGAUCGCCCAACAGAGCGUCAACGGCGUGGGGGGCUCCUACCUGGGGUGGUGCUUCGUGGAUGAGGUGGCAGACGCCGUCAAUAAGCAACAUGGUGAUAGCUCUGCUAGCAGCGUGUGCCAGUCUGCCGCCUCCAUGCACUGGGCCUGCAUCGCAUUCGGGUUCAUAGAGAUGGUCAUGUGCUUCGCCUCGUCCAUCGUCGGCUGUGUGGUCGGCGGCUGUAACUGCGGUGCUCCGCAGCCUCAGACGCAGGGUGUCGUCUUCAUGCAGGCUCCUCCUAACGCCAACAUGGUCGUCACCACAGGAGUGCCGCCGGGCGCCUACGCUUACCCACAGGGCGGGUACGUGCAGCAGCCAGGCGGGGCACCCCCAGCCUACCCGCCGCCUGCCCAGCAGGGCCCGCCCUACCCGGGCGAACAGAAGACCCAGAUUGUCUAGAGUGGACAGCUGGACAUGCAAAAUCUUUAUUGACACGACAAAAGUACAGCGACUUUCGUACGGCCUAUAGCAACUUCUUACAGUACAUAUAAACAGACAUAUAUGAAUAUCUAUGGAUAUGAAAAAGUCAACAUGUUGAGUCUAGUGUGUCAUUAACACUAUUGGUUCUUUUGGCUAUUUGUACACAGUAAGUAAGGGUUAUCGCCUCCCAGAAUGAAGUUAAAUUUAUCUGUCGAACGGAAAGUAGCAAAUUCUUUAGAGCAAGCGGAAUGAAAUGUGAACAGCUUUUGUGCGUUUAUCGUAAUAUAUAUCGUGAACAAUUCAUAACAAAGUGACAUUCAUACGUACCAACAUUGUAGAACAGUGGCGGUGACCUAACCGUUUCUUUGUUUUGAGAGCCUACCACUGCUGUCUUCUGUAAACGAUGAUGGACUUGAGCACGUAUUUGGAAUCUCAAUAUGGAUGUGGGUUAAAUGAUUGCCAGCUUGACUAAUUUCAUAUGUAAUUCUGUUGAAGCCAUAGUGGGAUAAUAAUAAUAUCUUUAAAUAUUAACAUCUGUAUUGCAAGUUCAUGCCCGAAGGCUAAUUGCAAGUAUACAUGAAAAUAUGUUACCGGAGUUGUCGCUCCAAGAAUCAUAUGCAAACCAGGCAAUGACCUUUCAGUGAUAUUUUCUGCUAUUAUGUUGCAUUAACUUUGUUACCCAAGUGAAAAUCACCUAAGUCUAUAGAAUAGGAUGUAUUCUAUGCUUAACUACUAUCACAAUAUUUGCAUCAUAGCUAUGCAACAAAUUGAAUAAUCAUUGACUUCUUUACUCGAUUUAGAAAUCACAAAUAUUGCUUCAAAAGCUUCAAAGCAUUGUAUUGGUUGAAAUAGAACUGCUUUCUUUGAGAGAAUGUUGAACUUGAAACUGACUAUAUUAUCUUUACUCAAGACUGAAGGAUAUAUCAUUGUACACAGAAUGUGCAACAUUACGUUGUCAUUAAACAUUUCUUACAACCUGAA